AUGGGCCUUUAUAAUGUAUACAAAAUCCAACUUCCAAAUCGAGUGGAGGAUGAGGAUCGUCUUAAACAUGUAUACCAAUUCAAUGGAAAAAUAAUCGGAACAUUAUUAGCACCCUGUUUGGAAGACCUUGGCUACGGCCUCAACUUGUUUAUGGAUUACGCGAUUAGAGGCUCAAUUACACACAAUGACACACUUGGUACAGUUUGGGAGUUCAACCCACUCCUUGUUAAAUUGGGUGACAGUGCUGGAGGUGAAACAAGGCAAAAUGGUAUGGAUAUUCGUGGCGUAGGAAUAGUAAAGUCAAUCGAAGAACACUGGGACUCGGCUAAGACAAUGCGUAUUAAAGACGAGAUCCUUGUCAAUCACCAACCUUCAGGGGCGUCAUCAUGUAUUCAAAUACGAAUAGAUAAGGGAAUCAAGGACGAUCACACUGGUAGUAUUGGACAGAUAAUGGUUGGAGACAAAAUCAAAUUUUGUGGUCAAUACCUUGGUGAAGAUAUUGAGACGGGAACUUUAAUAAUACUGGCUGACUCAAGAUGCAUUCAGGUGGAAUAA